AUGGUCCUCGAUGUCACGGUCCCUGAAGACGACAUCGCCGCCAAGGUCAAGGAAGCACACAACGUCUACGGACGACUUGAUUACCUCGUCAACUCAGCAGCCUACGUCCUUGAGAGCACCUGCGAAGAAGUAUCUGAGAAGGAGGUGUUUGACGAGUUCAACACCAACGUCUUCGGCACCAUCAAGCUCUGCCGCGCCGUGAUCCCCUAUUUCCGAGCCCAGUCCCACGGCGGAAUCGCAAAUUUUGGUUCCCUCGGCAGCUGGGUUGGUAGCCCGGCCACGAGCUUUUACAACGCGACCAAGUGGGCAGUCUCGGGCUUCACCGAGGCGCUCGCCGCCGAGCUCAAGCCGUUUGGCAUCGUCGUGACGUCUGUUGAGCCGGGCCAGUUCCGUACUGCGUUCCUCAACGCCGACAAGCGAAAAAAAUCGGCGCGGAGGAUGGAGAAUGUGUAUGCAAACACCGGUGCUGAGGAGUACCGGGCUCUGCUGGAUGCAGCAGAUAACAACCAACCGGGAGAUGUGGAUCGCGGGGCCGAGAUUGUCGUCGAUGUCUUGACUAUAUCAGGCGUGGCGGAGGGUAAGGAGGUUCCUGUUCGUUUGGUACUUGGAAAAGAUUGCCUGAAUGUUGUGAGGAGCAAGUGUGAGAGCACACUGAAACUGAUGAAUGAGUGGGAGGGAGUUGCUGUUUCGACAGACCGCAUCGAUGUAAAGUUGUGA